AUGAACUUUCUCCCUGGGAUCUGGUGGUCUCUUCCCUUGGUCUUGAUCUGGGCGACCCCACCCGUCACCUCCUCAUGGUGGUACAUGGGCGCCGUGGGCUCGUCGCGGGUGAUGUGCGACAACGUGCCGGGCCUGGUGAGCCGGCAGCGGCAGCUGUGCCGGCGGCACCCCGAGGCGAUGCUGUCCAUCGGCCGCGGCGUGGCCGCCUGGACGGCCGAGUGCCAGCACCAGUUCCGCCGGCACCGCUGGGACUGCAACGCCCUGGAGCGGGGGCAGCGGCUGCUCGGCCGCGUUCUGCUGCGCAGUAGUCGAGAAUCUGCUUUUGUACAUGCCAUCUCCUCUGCUGGAGUUGUUUUUGCCAUCACCAGGGCAUGUAGCCAAGGGGAGCUGAAAUCCUGCUCCUGUGAUCCCAAGAAGAAAGGCUCUGCCAAGGACAGCAAGGGCCAUUUUGACUGGGGUGGCUGCAGUGAUAACAUUGACUAUGGAAUUAAAUUUGCCAGAGCCUUUGUGGAUGCCAAAGAACAGAAAGGAAAAGACGCCAGGGCACUGAUGAACCUUCACAACAACAGAGCUGGAAGGAAGGCCGUGAAGCGGUUUUUGAAACAGGAGUGCAAAUGUCACGGUGUGAGUGGAUCCUGCACUCUAAGGACCUGCUGGCUGGCCAUGGCAGACUUUAGGAAAACAGGAGAUUAUCUGUGGAAGAAAUACAAUGGAGCAAUUCAGGUGGUCAUGAAUCAAGAUGGAACAGGUUUCACUGUGGCUAAUAAGAAAUUUAAGAAGCCAACUAAGAAUGACCUGGUAUACUUUGAGAGCUCUCCAGACUACUGCAUCAGGGACAGGGAUGUAGGGUCCCUUGGGACAGCUGGUCGGGUGUGCAACCAAACCUCGCGUGGCAUGGACAGCUGUGAAGUGAUGUGCUGCGGGAGAGGCUACGACACCUCCCGCGUCAGCAGGAUGACAAAAUGCGAGUGCAAAUUCCACUGGUGCUGUGCUGUGCGCUGCCAGGACUGCCUGGAAGUGGUGGACAUUCACACCUGCAAGGCGCCAAAGAGCGCUGGCUGGAUUUCCCGGACAUGA